AUGGACAUCUUGGGGCCGUAUACUCCUGUAUCUGGGCAAAGGUGGUACGUGUUAGUAGUAGUUGACUACUUCAUGAAAUGGGUAGAAGCUGAGGUCGUCCGAGGGAUUAAAUGGAGAGAUGUAUCUGCCUUCAUCUGGAAGAACAUAAUCACACGUUUUGGUGUUCCGCCAUCGAUCGUGUUCGAUAAUGGACCGCAAUUUGAGACUGACCAUCUCAGGGAUUGGCUGAAUGACCAGGGAAUAGUACAUUGCUUUGCCUCGGUCGGACGUCAAAAGGCCAAUGGCCAAGUUGAAGCAUAUAACAAAUUGAUCUCCAAUGGCAUCAAGCUGAAGCUUGAGAAAGCAGGCGGCCUAUGGGCUGAUGAAUUGGUCAAUGUAUUAUGGUCCAUUCGAACGACAACGAAGAGUUCAACAAGGGAGACCCCAUUUUUUUGGUCUAUGGUGCUGAGGCCAUAUUCCCAGUUGAAAUGUAUGAACCCACUUUACGAGUGA